GUUGUGAUAAAAAUGGAGUACUGAAGAAGGGUCCUUGGACUCCUGAAGAAGAUCUCAAACUCAUCCAAUAUAUUGAAGCUCAUGGACCUGGAAGCUGGAGAACCCUCCCUAAAAAUGCUGGGCUUCAAAGAUGUGGAAAGAGCUGUCGUCUUCGAUGGACUAAUUAUUUGAGACCCGAUAUUAAGAGAGGCAAAUUUUCUUUCGAAGAAGAAGAGAGUAUUAUCCAACUCCAUAGUGUUCUUGGAAACAAGUGGUCGGCUAUAGCAGCUAAAUUGCCAGGGAGGACUGACAACGAAGUCAAGAAUUAUUGGAAUACUCACAUAAGAAAGAGGCUUCUCAAGAGCGGCAUAGACCCCGUCACUCAUACUCCCCGCCUUGAUCUUUUCGACCUUUCCUCGUCUCUCCUAAACCUUAAUAUCUCCAAUGCGCUUCAUUUACAAGCCUUGAUAAACCCGGAGAUGUUGCGUCUUCUAUCCACUCUCACAGCAGCAAAGAACGAAUAUACUUCACACAAUUUAUCCCAAAAGCUUCUAGAGAGCUGCCAUUUCACAAAUGAUCAAUUAUUGUUUCAGAAAUUGUGGCAAGAAAACCAAGCCGCCCUAAUGAACAACCUCACGACCUCGACUUGCCCGACAUCAUCAAAUAACACGCAGCCGAUGAACACCGCUGCCGCUACCACAAGCCCCGUCGAGUUGAAUAAUAUUGGCCACGAGAAUACGAUUAAAAGUGCAGCCCAGUGCACAUUGACAUAUCCACGAGGCGAGUACCCGGGGAAUCCGCUCCCAAGACUUGAACACGUCACAUCUCGAUCACCCGACAACACCUUAACAUUCGACCACCAGAAUACGAUGAUGCAAGAAAAUUUGGUUCCUUCAAGUGAUUUUUUUACAAGUCCGGAGAGCUAUGGUUCCUUUGGAGUAGGACUUGGGAAUGAUGAGCCCUUAACCGAAAUGUGCAAUCACAAUAGUCAAAGGAGUUCCAGGUUUGAUUAUUCUUCAGUUCUUCCCACGCCUUUGUCGAGUCCGGGAACGGCUACAUUUGUUAACGGCGACGGCUGUACGGAGGAAAAGAAAGAACGUCAUUAUUACACUAAUAUGAUGGAAUUCUUUGAAAAUUCGUCUUGUUUUGAUGUCUAGAGCUUGCUGUAAAUAUUCUUUGCCACCGGUGGGCACUCGAUCUAUGCGUUUGUAUAUAUACACUAUACGUUUGUAUGUCG